AUGGCUGAUAUAGAGAAACACCCUAUUGACCGCUCGCCGUCGGCAAGCUCCAUCGACAAGGGCCGCAAUGCUCACAUCGAGAACGAGAAAGCCGCCGACAUGCCAGUCAUCUCCGGCGUGCGACAAGAUCCAGACCUCGUCGUGACCCAGGAAGAAGAGGACCGUGUUAUCAGGAAGCUUGAUUGGCGCUUACUACCGUUCGUCUUUGUACUUUACAGUCUGUCGGUACUUGACCGUUCGAAUCUCGGAAAUGCCAGACUUGCCGGAUUGGAAGACGACAUUGACCUUACUGGUAAUCGCUAUCAACUUCUCGGAACGAUUUUCUACAUCGCCUAUAUCUUAUCCCAGUGGCUCAUCAUUGGAUGGAAGAUCUUCCCACCUCACAUCUACUGUACCAUUGCAGUCUUCUUCUGGGGCGUCAUCGCGACGGUGCAAGCUGCUGUGACAUCGUGGGGCGCCUUGAUGGCUUGUCGCUUCCUGCUCGGUAUCGGCGAGGCAAUGUUCGGACCUGGCGUACCGCUAUAUCUCUCCUUCUUCUACCCACGAGACAGGGUUGGCUUUCGACAGGGCGUGUUCAUCUCUGGUGCCGCCAUGGCAAAUGCCUACGGUGGUGCACUUGCCUACGGCAUCAGCCAGAUCCAUGGGUCAAUCGCUCCAUGGCAGAUCCUUUUCAUCAUCGAAGGGUUACCCACCGUCUGCAUCGCGUUUGUCGCAUGGUUCAUCCUCCCAGAUUCGCUUGCGCAAUGCAAGUUCCUCUCCGACCGUGAGAAACAAAUAGCCUCCCAAGCGGUGGCCCGAAACCAACAAGCCGAUCCGGAUCGCAAAUCUGGCUUCAAAUUCAAGCAGCUGCUCGCGGCAUUCAAGGACCCGAAGUCAUACAUCCCCGGAAUCAUGUACUUCAGCUGCAACGUAUCGUUCGCUUCGCUUCCUCUCUUCGUCCCAACAAUCAUCUCAGGACUAGGCGUCUUCACCAAAAUCCAGUCUAAUGGACUCUCGGCCCCUCCAUAUGUCCUAUGCUUCUUCAUGAUCCUCCUUCUUACAUUCUUGAGCGAUCGAUACAAGAUGCGAGCACCGUUCAUCAUUUUUGCAGCACUAGUCGCAGCCAUCGGCUUCAUCCUCCAGGCAACUUGCAAAUCGCCCGCGGCGCGAUAUACUGGCGUGUUCUUGGCUGUGCAGGUAUUCUGCUGCGUAGCAUUGACGCUGGCGUGGGUAUCGAAUAUCCACAGCACGGAAAGUAAGCGCGCCGGUGCCAUGACGAUCCUGGCAACGAUUGGGCAAUGUGGACCGUUAUUGGGAACGAAUGUCUUCCCUGAAAGCGAGAAGCCUUACUACCAUAAGGGCAUGUGGAUCUCAGCCAGCUUCUGCCUCCUCAUUGCGGCCUGCAGCGUGGCGUUGGCUGGUAUAUUGAUCCGGGAAAAUAAGCAAAUGGAGAGACAGGGACUAAUUCCCAAGAAGGGAGAGACAAGAGACGGGCUUAAGGAUCGUGAUGUUGAGGGUGUCCCGCGAUAUCGGUAA